CGAGCUGGAGGCAGUUCUGCGGGCGAAGGAUGGGAGGGAAUCCAAACCACUUGCUUCCCAGCUGUUAUGGGAGGACAGCGCUAAGAAUUGGGAAGACCUUUUUAAAAAGGGAGGCAAAUAAACAACAUGUAAGGUGUCAGAAAUGUUUGGAAUUUGGACACUGGACAUACGAAUGUACAGGGAAAAGAAAAUAUCUGCAUAGACCAUCACGAACAGCAGAAUUUAAAAAAGCACUUAAAGAAAAAGAGAACCAGCUACUUCAACAAAGCUCUGGCGAAUGUACUACAGACAGGAAGAACAAGAAGAAAAGGUCUAAAAGCGUGACAAGUUCUAGCAGCAGCAGCAGCAUCACUUCAGCUAGCGAGUCUUCAUCAGAGAGUGAUGACUCCUCCUCCUCUUCAUCAGAUGACAGCGAUAGUGAUGAAAGCACAUCCAGUUCUUCAUCUUCUCCAUCAUCCAGUAGUUCUUCUAGUUCUUCUGACUUUGAAACAGAGUCAAGUUCUUCCAGCAGUAGCAGCAGCAGCAGCACAGACAGCAGCACAGAUGAUGAACCACCAAAGAAAAAGAAGAAGAACAAUUUAGUGCGAUGCUAGGACUAUGGUGGCAUUAAACAAUAAUUCCCAUUGGAAAUGCAUAAUGGCCAAACGAAACUAACCAGUUGUCUGUUUUUACAGUUGUAAAACGGUAUGUGUUUUUACAUAGUAGUUGAUAGGCCAUAAGCUGUUAAAUGGCAAGUAAUACUUACUGAAAGAGUAUUUUUGUGGAUUACUGUUUAAUAGGGAAUGCUACCUUCUUUUUAAUUUUUAAAGAAAUGUAAUAUUUAUAUGAAUUAAGGUCCAGUCAUCCUGAUGUUUACAUGCCAGAAAGUGGAAUAUAUUUUCUGAAUCAUCCUGUGUUAUAGUCAUACAGCAAUCUUGUGUUUACAUCAGUUUUAUAGUCUACGUAAGAUGGAAGGAGAAUAUGAAAUUUGAUUUCAGAUGGCUAAGAUACCCAAAGCCAUAUUUAAUGUCCCUCCUCAGUUACAGAGAAACAAUAUUGCAUUUUGUACAGGAAAAGCUUGUUUGAAAAAGUAAAAAAAAAGUUCAAUAUUGUAGUCAAUUAAUAGUUAAGUAUCAAAUUGUCAUUAAUUGGAUUCUUUUGUGAUUGGUAUCCUAUAUACUGAUCUUAUUACCAUCUCAGUCCAGUAGGAUUGUUCAGCCUAUUGAAACCAGACUCUGUCUCAAUUGCCCUUCUAGACUUACAAAAAUGAUGCUAGAGAUCUUGCAUCAUACUGAGAAGUGUGUAUCUUACUACAAUUAAGCUCAUUCUCUCCUAAAGUCUUGUAGCAACCCCUCCUGUAACAUUAGGUUUUGAUUGACUGCCAUAUACAACUUCCUUUUGCUCUUUUGUUAAUUUUGCUAGUUCCUUCUACUUACACAGUACACAAACUUGUGGGAGAGGAUAUGAUAGCUGGGGGAAGAGAAAGGUAAGAUCUAUUCCCUCAUUCAUUCUUCCAGGCGAAGAAAACUUCAUUGAGUAUUCUAUUGUGUUUCCAAUAGAAAUAAAUAUUACUAUAAGCAAAAAAUGGCCAAAAGGAAUAAAAAUAGUUUAUGCUAUAGUUUCAAAAUUAAAAAUUGUUAUUUCCAGUUUAGAGGAGGUUAGGGAAAGAAAGAGUUUGGGGUACUUCCUGACUCCUUCUAGUCUUAUAACUUACUUUCAUAUUUUUCUUCCUUUCAGAGAAAGGGAUGUGUUUAAAUUUACUGUCAUGUAAAGCAUUAGCUUGGCACCUGGUUGUUGGAUAAAUAUUUCAGCCCAGAAAUCCUUGCAAGACUUCAUGCUAUGUUUUACAUUUGGAAAAAUCUAAAAUAUUGCCAACUAACCAUCGAGUUAGUAAUGUUUGUUCUUUCUAGCCUGCAUUUUUACCUUUUGCCAUUUAUUAAUUGUCCCACCCCCACCAAAAUCCUUGAGCUCUUAUAGUUGUAAUUUAGUGGAAUGUAAAAGUCAUUGGUAAUCAGAGUGAAUAUUUUUUCCAGAUCAUUUUAAGUUGUCUUUUUAAAUGCCGAAUCCUUGUUUAUGAUGACAUGGUUUCAGAAUAAAUUCUUAGGGUUACAUUACAGGGUUUAAAAAAAGAGCAUACUUCUGUUUAUUAUAGGUUGGGAAGGGAAUACAAUGACUCUGAAAAGCAGAGUAAAGAAAUAUCCAAAAAGUAGCAUUUUCUAAAACAGAAAGUUAUAACAUUUAAAUAAAAAAUCAAUAAUCCUGGG